CGAUUUUAUUAGUAUAGCAUUAUAUCAUUUGAAAAAGUGGGCUUUUAUUGAUCAACAUGGAAUUGUUUCUUGUUUUUAAUAUUGUUUUUUAUAUACAAUCAGUAACAUGUGCCUGUCCAAGAUCCAAAGGAAAAGAGUGCUGUUUUGGUCAUUAUUGGGAUAAAACAUACAGGAUAUGUAAGGAAUGUGAGAGUGGCUAUUUUGGAGAAGAUUGUUCACAAAUCUGCUCUUAUCCAAACUAUGGUACCGAAUGUCAAUAUCUUUGUAACUGCAGUCCUAAAUUUUGUAGCCCAUUCACAGGAUGUGUUUUACCGACAGAGACUUACAUUUAUGACCAUCCCUCCACUUCACCAAGAUUGUCAAGUCAUACACAGGAGGAGAUAUCAACAAAAGCCAAUACAGCUGACGAAAACAUGGAUUUUUCUGUUUUUUAUUUGACUCUGAUUACAGUACUGGGAUUAAUUGGUGUUUUCGUUUUAAUACUUACAGUCUAUGUUACAAUACAAAUAAGAAACAAAUGUAGCAGAAACAAAAUGAAAAGAAAUAUUUCCAAACAGAGUAACAAAAGUAGAAAUUCCGAAUCAGAGUCAUACGAAUCAUUACAAAGCAUUAACAUGAUUCCACUAAAUCAAGUAUCAGACGAAAUGGAAACUUAUAAACAACCUGGUAACUCAAAUCAUUUAAGUAACGAACAAAGCGAUACUGAAAAGGAGAAACAAGACGUCAAUGCAUGCUACCUUGCACCUCAAAUAUCUCCGAACAUUGCAAUGGAAGACAAUGAUCAGCAAAUUACGAAGCCUGCUGAAGAAACAGAGAGCACAAGUAAACAUGAAUUGUACCUUACUGUCAUAGGAUAGUGGACAAACGUAAAUUGUAAGGGGAGGUCCGGUCCAGUUCCUCAAAUGGAAGGUUUUAAAGUUUUUAUACACUACAUUUUAGAGUUGCAAAUUGCCUUUUUUCAAGAUUCAUUUACAACAACAUUGUAACGAGUUAGGAAUAAGAAAAGAAUGGUAUUUAAAUAAAC